GACGAGGCCGGAUCGCGGGAGGGGUUUGGGAGCGUCCCCGAGGCCCUGACCGGUUUUUGUGGGCAGGCUUGGCCUCGGCGUCCGCCUCAGUCGCCCUAAGGGUUUCGGGCUUCGUGGUGUUCAUGUCGGGAGGAGUAAGAGUAAGAAGACGGCGAACCCCAGAGUAGUGCGUUUAGGGUUUUGGGGGUGCCGCUGGCUUUCUCGGGUGUCGGGCUGCUCCUCCCAGGGAUGGGCCCGGGCCUGGACCGGCUGCGCGUGUGCUCGUCUCCAGUGGGUGAAGGUUGGACGGUCCAAGCCGGCCGGCCACCGGCGCGGGGAGUAGGGCCCAAACUGCUAUUGGCCUGGUUCUUCUCGGGGAUGAGCAGUCAGUAAAAUACAAAAGUCAGUCUGCUUAGAAAUGAUUAGAUGUUGAACUUGGAACAGUGGGGUAACGCUUAUGAAGCCACUAAUAAGGCGUCUCCCAGUCGGUCUUAGACCCGCGGGCCUCGACUAGGGAGCAGCCUUCAGUGGAUGCGGCGUCCGCAGGACACGCUCCGUUUGUGUUCUUUUUAAACCAGAACGUUGUGCUUGGUCCUUGGUACUCGUGACUAUGAGUAGUUCUCUGGAAAGAAGUAAUCCACCUGCUAAUUACGCCGAGGAGAGGCCACAGGAGAGGAAGGCAGGCAGUUUCCACAAACCAUAGUGUCUUUUCAUCAGCUUUGUUACUGUGUCAUCAUAGGUUAUUAAGGGCUCCUGAGGUACAGUACUCAAAAACAAAAAACUGGAAUCACUUGGUUUUGAACCACCAGUCAUUAAGUCUGUAUUAUCAGAGGAUUGUCGUUGAAUUCUACUUUAAGGUUAGAGAAAUACUUUGAUAACUACUGCAAAGUUUGAAAAUAAGAAUUUAUCUGAAAUACAAACUAUGAAAGUUCAUUUUUAUGGCGCCCAUAGCAGAAACCUUGAAUUCUCUUUAAUUAUGUGUUUUAAACAAAACUUAUCUACCCAUGAUUCUUGGUUAAAUAUUUUGUUUUUUACUUUUGUUUUUUUAAAAGAAUUAUUAUACUCUGUUGUCAGUAUUAGUAUUGUGCUGUUAACAUUCUGUUUGCAGUCUUUGGUUCACCUUUCUGAAUUGCAAGCUGAAGUUGGUGCCGCCUUAGGGAGGGAAGAUUGUUAUUAACUUAGACAUACCGGGCUAUUUACCUUGGAUAUUAGAAAUGGCCACUCCCCAGUCAGUUUUCAUCUUUGCAAUCUGCAUUUUAAUGAUAACAGAAUUGAUUCUGGCCUCAAAAAGUUACUAUGAUAUCUUAGGUGUGCCAAAAUCAGCAUCAGAACGCCAAAUCAAGAAGGCCUUUCACAAGUUGGCUGUGAAGUACCACCCUGACAAGAAUAAGAGCCCUGAUGCUGAAGCAAAAUUCAGAGAGAUUGCAGAAGCAUAUGAAACCCUUUCAGAUGCUAAUAGGCGAAAAGAGUAUGAUACGCUUGGUCACAGCGCUUUUACUAAUGGUAAAGGACAAAGGGGUAGUGGAAGUCCUUUUGAGCAGCCAUUUAACUUCAAUUUUGAUGACUUAUUUAAAGACUUUAGUUUUUUUGGUCAAAACCAAAACACUCGGUCCAAGAAGCAUUUUGAAAAUCACUUCCAUACGCGCCAGGAUGGUUCCAGUAGACAAAGGCAUCAUUUCCAGGAGUUUUCUUUCGGAGGCGGACUGUUUGAUGACAUGUUUGAAGACAUGGAGAAGAUGUUCUCUUUUAGUGGCUUUGACAGUACCAAUCGGCACACAGUACAGACUGAAAAUAGAUUCCAUGGAUCUAGCAAGCACUGCAGGACUGUCACUCAACGAAGAGGAAAUAUGGUUACUACAUACACUGACUGUUCGGGACAGUAGUUCUCUUCCUGUUCUCACUAAACCCAACUGGUCGACUCUUCCUCAGUAUCUUUGAUGCAAAACAAUUUUCUGUGAACCAUUUUGACAAGUGCAUGAUUUCAUUUACUUUGAACAACUUGAUAUAGCUAUUAAAUAUAUUUAAAUUGUUUUUGACCAGUUCAGUAGCAUUCAGCUAGUUAGAGAAAUAAGCAAUUAUUAAUUUCCCUGAUUAGUAAAAGUUCUUUUAAAAGAAAAAGAUAUUAUAAAUCUGCCUGGUCUUUUUUUUCAUUUUUCUGCCCUUGGGCUCAUUAAUGUGGCCAGUUUUAUUACUAAGAAAAGAUUGAGUUUGCCAGGUACUAUUUAAGGAUUAAAAUUUAAAAGUUAUUGUAGAUUUCAGUUGUGUGAAGUUGACUGGUUAUUGCAGUGAAACUUUUAGUAAUUUAAAAUUGCAUGCUCUGUAGCAUCUUUGACUUGGGUUGUUAAAUGUGUAUGACACUGUAUAGUUGAAUUAUUCAGCAAAAGACAACAGUAUCUUGGAUAAUUGCCACUGAAAGAUUUAGAAAUCUGUUAACUUUACAGAGUGAUUUAAAAAAAUUUUUUUCCUGAUUUUUUCCUAUUGAAAUUUAUCUAAAUUUAGAAAAGCUAAGGUGUGGUUUGGUAUUUACCACAGAACCGUGUCCUACAGUGGAAGUGGAGUGAAGGAAGUGAAUGUAUUGCUUGUAGUCAUUUAGGUGGAAAGAAAGUUGAAAACUUAAGGAAUGCUACCAAGAGAUUGUUACGUGUUUGGCCCCUAGUUAAUGAUUUUGUAGUGUUGAAAUCAUAUCUACUUUACACAUCUUUUCAUAUUUCUUUCUUAGUUGUUGACACCCUAGAUUUUAAUGUGGAUCUGUGUUUUGUUUUGUGGUUCCUCUGCACUCAUCCUUACCUAGAGAUUGACUAAUACCUCAUUCAGUUUGCAAAACAGCCAGUAAUUUCUGUGCAACCUUAUUACGUGCAAUAUUUUUAAAUCCUAAGAAAUGUGCGCUUUUGUUUUCUGAUAGACUUCUUUAGUUCUGCACUUUUCCAUGUUAUACUCCACAUGAGUAUUAAUCCUAUGGAUACAUAUUAAAACUAGUAAAUGUCUCAUGCAGCAUUGUGUGUGAGUGAAAGAAAUAUAAUAUUUACAACCUCACAUUCUCUGUUGUCAUUUAUUGUUAAAAGCUUAUGCAAUUCUGGAGGUUUAGAGGGUAUAUAAACAAUUGGGCUGUAUAUGUGGAUCAUAGGCCAUAUUUUAGGAUUACUUUUGACUGACCUGAAAACUCUGAUAGGACCUUAUGUGCCGUUUGGUAGUUUCCCUUGUUUUGUUACCAUCCUCCUUCCCUCACAUGUUUUGUUAGUUUGAAGACCAUGUUAAAUAUAAUUUUGGUGUAUUUGCUUGCUAGGACCAAGUGUUCUGGCACCAGUUCCUUCUUCAGGCCUGAUUGGGAAAAAGCAGAUACUUUGCAUACAAGAAAACACUAUGGAGCAGUUCUUUGUAACACAUGGGGCUGCCAUUAGUUGGAAUUGACUCAGUAGCAACCAACAGAAACAUAUUUGUUAAUCUUUAAGUUGAAAACUGAAGAAAAACAAUUUUAUUGUAUUUAGGUAUCAUAAUUAUUUCCAGGAAAAUAUGCCUAUUUUUGUUUUACAGUAAGAAAAUAGCUAUACCUUGAAUUUUAGACUGAAGAUUGUAGACUAGCAAAUAAAAAAUGAGGAAUCAAGGCUAAGUUUAAGGGCAUAGUAUUCUUAUAUUCUUAGCAUCUGUACCUUUUUUCCCCAGGCCUCUCUUCCCUUGUUUUCCCCAUGCUGAACGUUUAUUUUGAUUUCCUGUGUUCUGACCUCCCUUUUAGCUCUUUGGCUAUCAAGAAAGAUACUGAAGUAACCUAUAGAGGUGUGUGUGUGUGUGUAGUUUAAAAUAGAAGAAACUAGAAAUUAAACCAGUAAGCAGCGUAAGUUUCCUCAAUAACUUAAAAUUUAACUUAAUUUUUUCUUGUUUAUGGAUUGUAUAGAUUGUACAAAGAAUGAAAAAGAAAACCUAUACUUGAAGAAAUGACCAAUAAAAUAGUUUAAUCUACACUCCUUACACGAAUGAAUACAAAGUCUUUCAAAAUCUUUAUUGCUUCUGGGAAAAUAGUUUAUCCUGACUAAAUCUUUGUUGAGCUAAAUUCUGUAACUCAAAGCUUUGAGUUUUUUUGGUUCAAUAUGUUGAGUUCGCUGCUAUAGAGCAAUGUAGUUGGCAUGUGAUUCUUUUGGUUAUUGGUGUCAUGGUGUUUCAGAAUGGCGUAAUUAGCUUCUAUUGAUCUUAUGGCUGUUCACAGGCAGUCUUUGAGCUAAGAGUUUUAGGCCCAAUUGGCUGAGGUAAGCUUCAUGAGAACUUGGGUUGCCCAAGGUAAAUGAAGAAUUUUCACGUUUUGGGGAGUGGUUAUUUUAAUUUUUGAAAUAGGUUUUUGUUUAGUAGUUAAAGGAACACACUAGUGGAAAGUGAGACCAUUGCUAAACAGAAUAAAGAGAUUGGUACCAGCCAUAGGUCUCUAAAGCUUUUAUAUUCUUCAUGUUAAUGCUGGGGCUUUCAGUUCCAGGUGACAGGUUGAAUACAGUUAGUAUAUGAUUAUUUUUCUCCUCCGUUGGUCCCAAUGAAAUAACAGACAUAAAAACGAAGUCAAGCCAGUUUUCGGAAGUAACAGCCAGAUGUUUGAGACAUUCCAGGAAUGUAUAAAGCAGAAGGGAUUGGAUUGGGAGAAAUCAGAAUAAAACCACAGCCAAAGUAUCCUGGAGAAGCUCCAAGGCUCAGAUUGGAAAAACAGCAAUAAACAUAGUAAAAUGGUAUUAACAGUAGGAGGAGUAGUAGGUGUCAGAACCUGUAUAACUUCAGAAAAAAAAAAACUUCAGAGGACAGUGAAAGUCAAGAUCAGCACAAGCUGAGUCCUAUGAGUUGGAGGACAGACAUACCUCCACCCUCCAAACUUUUUACCAAUUCUGACACCAGCCAUCCUUCCCGUGGCACUCUACUUCUCUGCUGGGUUUGGUAAUCCAUUGCAAUAUCCACACAAUUUACAGACCAUACUUAAGAGUUAAGUGAUUUAUUAAGGAACAGGGUAUAACUCAGGAUCAGGAAACAUGUAGGCAAAGCCUCCCUUCUUCAGUGCAGGACGGCUUUCUCAGCUCCUUUCAGCCGUGCAGAUCACACUCAGGACAGGCCUCCUCUCAAUUCAUCUUGAGGGGGCUGAGAGGACACCCGCUCUUCUCAGCCCCCUCAGGAUGGUCUCCUCUUGGCCCUGCUGUCUGUCACCUCCAGCUCUGCCUCUGGGCCCCUUCCGGGCCUGUCGCUGCUGUCUCUGCUACUGGGCUACUUCCAGGCCUCUGUCUAUCUUCAGUGUUAAACAGCCUUUGACCGUGUUACAGCUCUUUUAGGACGUUCUGUGCCUCCUCAUUCCCUCUGCUUCUGUCCUUUCUACCUUCUGCUUCUUGCUGGUUUCUGUCUCUAAAAACCUCUGUGGGGUCAGUUGCUUAUAUACACAACUCCUUGUCAAUUUCAAGGCAUGGUUCCUCCUGGUGAGGCCACAAACUGACCAAUCCCCACUUCAUUUGCAUAGUAGGCUACAACUCAUUUGCAUAGUCGAUUGACCAAUCCCUGUAAGAUGCGUACCAAUCACAGGGCAAGCUGCAGCCCAGGAUCAGACAAAAAGUAUCAAAACCAAGUUGUUUGCAGUUUACCCAGGACAACAGACAGUAACAAACCCUCUGAGGUAAAAAACUAGGCCAAAGGUAACUCCUCAAGAUUUAAGGGAGGGGGGGAAUCUCUCAAGCUGUUUUUCCAAAGAAGCAAGACUAAAGGCGGUGUAAAGGAACUCAUUUCACCAUAAACCCCCUCCCCAAAACAAAACAGACGGAAUGGGCCGGAAUUCAAUCAUAACAAUUCAUUGAAGAACUGCCUUGGGGAUUUCUGCCUUUCUCCAACUUCAGGUAAACAGUUGUUGACAGGUUUGCUUUUUCUUCAGGGCAGGGACUAAGAAUAGCUCUCUGAAGAAAGGGGUUAUCUCUGGGGAGGCUUUCCAGUGAAGGUAUUGGGGGUGUGAUAGAAAGGCAGAACAGAGGUGAGGUGAAUUUCCACUUGGAAGUGGGGAGGGUGUUGGUGAGGGAAGACAGCACUCCACUCCCAGAAAAAAGCUUCCUUACUUUGGCAUUGUGGGGGCCAGUAGCCUCCACAUGACCACGCAUUCGCCUGUAGUCUCCUGCCUGUUGAAAUGCUU